AUGGUUUCGAGUGAGUGCUUUGCUGCUGUGUUUGUUCUGCUGCAUGGUUUAAGCGACUUUGAAACUCGUCUUAACAACCUGUUAAGCUCUCAUUCGAAUAAUCCUAACCUUACACCAGAGGAAAUAGUAGAGGCUUCAAAAUCAGUAGCUAUUGCUGCAGCUGAGGCUGCAAGAGCUGCCUCUGAAGAGAAGGCUGCAAAAGCAUCAAAGGCAAUGGCUGCUGCCAAGAGCGCCUUAGAUUUGGUUGCCUCAUUUACUGAAGAGGCAGCCUCUAAAGAAAAAUAUCUGAAAAAGAAUAGGCUGAAGAAGCAUCUUCCAGUUUGGCUUUUGUACAAAAAAUACCAACCGAUUGAGAACAACAAGACAGAUGAAGAGUUGGCCUGUAAGUUGCAUCAAGCUAUUAACAGCUCCCCCAGAAUCUCGAAGAACGCUUCAAGUUCUGACUAG